AUGGAUGAAACUACGGCGAUUUUCUUCGAUCCAAAUUUCAAUGCUGUCAACUACCUCAAUUCGAUAUUCAAGAAAUUUAACAAAAACGAACUCAACAAGUUGAUAAGUGUUUCCAACAAUCUCAUAAUUCAUUUGAACUUUUUAGUUAAUCAGUUAAAUGACGAAAUAUUGAAAAAUUUAAAAGAUUUAUCCCUUGCUAACACCAAUUCCAGAUUCGAAUAUUUCUUAAAGUCAUUGAAAAACUCCAUAAUAUCAUUGAAUAAUGAACUAGACUUACCGAAAUUCAAUCAAUUGAAAAUAAUAAAUACCCUUAUCAGUUUCAAAACCAUUAAAUCCAAGAUUUUAGACGUAUUAAAGAUAUUCAAAGUUUUGUUAACGUUUUGUGAUAAAGGAGAAAUCAAAGUAACCAAUUUCGAGAAACAGAUCAUCAGUUACUAUCACCUGGUAAUGGAAAUUAAUGAUAUUAACGACAAAAUAAUGAGAUUACAAGAAUUCAUACAAUUGAGUGAUGUUUUCAAGAAUUUGAAUAAUUUUAAUAGUGUAUACAAAAAGAAUGUUGGAAGGUUCGUCCAAGAGAAAGAUAAGUUAGAUACUUAA